AUCACUUUCUAUUAGGCCUCGAUAAAAAGACAGUAAUUUUCAAUUGGUAUCCCGUCUAGUGCUCAUCGCUGUGUCUUUGUAAAAGACAGUUCAGCUGACUCGCGUUCAUCGGGUUUACGUCUGUUGCUGGUUUCCCCAGGCACUCGAUUCCGUGAUCUCACACAUCGGGUAUGUGAGAGCCUGAAAUUCUCUCGGUGAAGACAUGACUUGGUAUCGUUUCGUUUGACACGCUUUUUCCUACUACGCCAUAAUAGACCACCCAUACCGUCCCCAAAAUCCUUGAUGCCGUGGCAUGCACGAUAUGCUUAGCGGCAUUUGCUUAUCCACAUGCCUCCCCUCUAGAAUGAUCCGGUUCGUGCCGCUAUAGCCCUCGCUAACUCGAAAAUAUGAAGGUAUCUCCCAAGACUUUCACAGUAUAACUACCAGCGUGAGUCCGCUCUCACACUCCCAUCCUUGUACUCUCCUCACAGAAUAUGGCUCUCAGGACCUACCUCAGCAUUCUUAAUGACGCUGCUGCCCUGUUUCCCCAGAGCGCCGCUUUUCAAGUCCCAGACCCUGCCUCUGGCGGUACUGGAUCUCGAGGAUGGCGACCCAUCACGUAUUCUCAGUUCGCGAACGACGUUGAAGAGUACGCGAAAUACUGGGCCAGACUUUUGACCUCAGACGGUUUACCACAGAAAAGUAUAGUCGGACUUUGGGUCGGCGGUUUCGAAUACACCGAUGUUCUGCACAUUUACGGUCUUACAAGGGCAGGAUACAUUCCCCAACUCUUCCCCGGGAGACUCCCGAACUCUGCCGUGAUCUACGAACUGAUGGAGAUGGCGGGAGCGAAAGCACUCGCCUAUGACCCUACGUUUGGUCCAGUGACCGACUGUCCCGUUGUUACCCACAUCGCUCGCGCGCUUUGUUCUGAUGAUGUUAAAGGCACGCCUGCUUUACCGCCAACUCCCGUUGACGUGAAUGCAGAGGAUAUAGUCAUCAUUUAUCAUACUUCUGGCUCCACGGGUAGACUCCCGAAGCUUGUACGGUGCAGCUACAGGUGGCUCGAGUCCAUGAUCACUAAAACGGCCCACGUUACCAAGCCGAAGAAUACGGCUGGGCAGGAUGUAACGGUCUGGAUGGGAUCCAUGGCUCACAGUCCCCAGAACUUCAUGCUCAUGGGGGCCAUACAGCAUGGUUCUUGUACUAUCCAACCAACGAAGGUUCCUUACAGCGCCGAGGAAGUCCUAGACAUGAUCCAGAUGUGUCGUUUGAACCGCAUCAACGUCUACUCGCCUCUCUUGACCUCACUCCUUCGGCAGUCCAAGAAGGACAAGGAGUUCCUCACGGCCUUAGCAAGGCUGGACGAGGUCUUGUACACCGGGCUCGCUUUGCCCAAGGAAGACGAAGACUGGGCCUACAACAAUGGGAUUAAGCUGACAAACAUUUUCGGGAGUACGGAAUGCGGUGCGCUCUUGAUCUCCAUAGGCGGGACAGGUCCCGAAGCUCGCCUCUUUCAUCCUAUUGAAGAUACGGCGUACGGCUUCUUUCCCAUCGACUCGUCGGAUACAGCGGCAUCACAUACCAAGCUUCUGGAACUUGUAGUUCUGUCACAAUCCGGAGACUGUCCUGAGCCGUCUCGCCGCUCAGAGGACGGACACUUCCAUACGGGUGAUUUCUUCGAAGAACUCUUCCCGGGAUGUUAUGCGUCCAGAGGAAGGGACGAUGACUGGAUCAAGUUGGCCAAUGCUGUGCGUUGCGAUACCAAGGGAAUGGAGGAUGAAGUUCGAGCGGUGUGUGGAGACCUUGUCUCAGAGUGCAUCAUAGUUGGAACUGGUCGAAGAUGCCCCGCGCUUUUCGUCGAAACCUUGUCAGAGAUGGGAAAAGAGGACGCUGAGAAAAUACGAUUAGACAUAGUCCGGCGCAUGACGUUGUUCAACUCCAGACGCUACAUCGAAGAACGCAUUGCUACAACACAGCUGGUGUUCGUAGUAGCUUCUGGAUCUCUUCCCCGCACGACGACGAAAGGGAAUAUCCGAAGGAAGGCAGUUGAAGAAACAUACAGAGAAGAACUGGACGAGGCAUAUGAAGGUCUGAAGGAAGCUUAAUCGACAUUGGAAACCAGAAGCGUCCGAUCAUCGAAUAUUGUCAAUGUAUAUUAUCCACUGGAAUACUGUAGUACUACCCCAGGAUGACUUCAUAGGACCGUUCCAGCUAAACUUUUCGAAGACGAAUGUAUCAUGAGAAGGCCCUUUGCUAUAAAGGUCGCUAAAUAAAUUUGAAUCGCACAG